AUGGAUGGCACCAUCAUUCUCACUGGUGCCACGGGCGGUUUGGGCCAAGAGCUUACAAAGAGGCUCCUGAGGCGGCCCGAGCCGUAUACGCUGGUCUUCCCCGUCCGCAACAGUAAACAUGCACACACAAUCAAACUGCGGCAAAUUAUCAGUUCCCACGGCAAAAGCAGCCAUAUAACGAGCAUGCCCGAACUCAAUCUCGCCUACUUCGACUCUAUACGCGCCUUCGCUUCCGAUAUCAACAAUAAGGUCUCAUCGGGUGUGAUACCUCCCAUCCGCGCACUUAUACUGAACGCAGCUUUAUGUUUUGAGCCAAAUGGCCUUCAGUUCACAGAGAAGCAGAAGCAGAGCCAGCAUCCACCAUUCGAGAUGCAUUUUGCUGUAAACUAUCUUGCUAAUGUUCUCCUCUCGCUUCUGCUACUUGGGUCAAUAGACCAGCAGCAUGGUCGUAUUGUGUUUACAUCGAGCUGGGCACAUGAUAUCCACAGACCAGAGAAUCAGCGUUUUGGACCCAAAAAGCUGUCGUGGAACGUAGCAGACUUGGCACAUCCGGAUAUGAGCAAGCUGGACCAGGACAUGAUGUCGGAGGCUAUGAGGCGAUACGGUGCUUCAAAGCUAGCUCUUGUUACUUUUAUGCAUACCUUAAGGAGGCGUCUUGAUAGGACUCCACAUUUGGAAAAUAUUACCAUUGUUGGCGUCGACCCUGGCGCAAUGCUUCAUGAUAACCUAGCGGAAAGGGGCUCACUGGCUGACCGAGCUUUCUUAAUUCCGUUGAUUCAGCUGUAUACGCGAUUGAUAGCUCGAUAUUUCUGGCCAAACGGAAUGUUCCGCACUGCCGAGAAAUCAGCACAGGACUUGCUGAGGGUGGCGCUGGAAUCUAAGGCUUCCUGGGCUCAUCCUAAGGAGGCAUAUUUCAACGGAAAUGAGCUAGCUGAGACGGCGAUAGAGUCGAGAGAUUCGAAGAAACAAAAGGAAUUAUGGGGGAUGAGCUUGCGGUAUGUCGACUUAGAUGAGGGCCAGACAGCCUUAGCAGCUCUCUAA